AUGGGCAGCAAGGAGCCCAUAGAGCUGAGGGCUGUGACCGCCUCUGAAGCAGAGGGCCACAGAAACACUGCCUUCCAGAAUGAAGAAGGCAUUCAUGAAAAUCAGAACACAUCAGGAAACAACUCCGUAAGGAAUAGAGUUGUGCAAAACAGAGAACAUAUAAAUUCCAAACAGGGUGAAGAGCAGGUCACCAUUGAGCAGGAUUCUCUAAAAGGCGAAGAAGAUGAGGAGGAGGAUCAAGUAAUUCGUCCAAAAGGGUGUCUGGCAAGGAAGUAUGCUACAGUUUGUGAUUUUUGUAGAAAACAUAGAACCACCAUUCGGUAUAUCAUCUGGGGCAUCUUAUUAGCAGGCUUCCUGGCCAUGGUGAUUGCAGCCUGUGUGCUGAAUUUUCACAGAGCCCUUCCUCUCUUUGUGAUCACUGUGGCUGUUAUCUUCUUUGUGAUCUGGGAUUACUUUAUGGCCAAAUAUGAACAUCAAAUUGAUGAGUUCCUGUCUCCUGGCAGAAGACUUCUGGACAGCCAUUGGUUCUGGCUGAAGUGGGUGAUUUGGAGCUUGCUGAUCCUGGCGGUUAUUUUCUGGCUGAUCUUUGACACUGCCAAACUGGGCCAGCAGCAGCUGGUGUCCUUCGGGGGGCUCAUCAUGUACAUUAUCCUGCUAUUUCUAUUUUCCAAAUACCCAACCAAAGUUUACUGGAGGCCUGUCUUUUGGGGAAUUGGGUUACAGUUUCUACUUGGGCUCAUAAUACUAAGGACUGAGCCUGGAUUUAUAGCCUUUGAUUGGUUGGGCAAACAAGUUCAGACGUUCUUGGAAUACACGAAUGCCGGUGCUUCAUUUGUCUUUGGUGAGAAAUACACAGACCACUUCUUUGCAUUCAAGAUCCUGCCCAUCGUGAUUUUCUUCAGCACUGUGAUGUCCAUGCUCUACUACCUCGGGCUGAUGCAGUGGAUCAUUAGAAAGGUUGGAUGGAUCAUGCUAGUUACUAUGGGAUCAUCUCCUAUUGAAUCUGUCGUUGCUGCUGGCAAUAUAUUUGUCGGACAGUCAGAGUCCCCACUGCUGGUCCGACCUUACUUACCAUACAUCACCAAAUCCGAACUCCACGCAAUUAUGACCGCUGGGUUCGCUACCAUUGCCGGAAGUGUUUUGGGUGCAUACAUUUCUUUCGGGGUUUCAUCCACCCACUUGCUGACGGCUUCAGUUAUGUCAGCACCUGCAUCACUGGCUGUUGCUAAACUCUUUUGGCCUGAGACAGAAACACCUAAAAUAACCCUCAAGAAUGCCAUGAAAAUGGAAAGUGGUGAUUCAAGGAAUCUCCUAGAAGCUGCAUCACAGGGAGCCUCAUCAUCCAUCUCCCUGGUGGCAAACAUUGCUGUGAAUCUGAUUGCCUUCAUAGCCCUGUUGUCUUUUAUGAACGCAGCGCUGUCCUGGUUCGGAAACAUGCUUGACUACCCACAACUAAGUUUUGAGAUAAUAUGCUCCUACAUCUUCAUGCCCUUCUCCUUCAUGAUGGGAGUGGACUGGCAGGACAGCUUUAUGGUUGCCAAACUCUUAGGUUAUAAGACAUUCUUUAAUGAAUUUGUGGCUUAUGAACAGCUCUCAAAAUUGAUCAAUUUAAGGAAAAAGGAUGGACCCAAAUUUGUGAAUGGUGUGCAGCAAUAUAUGUCGAUUCGUUCGGAGACCAUUGCCACUUACGCUCUCUGUGGUUUUGCCAAUAUUGGUUCCCUAGGAAUAGUGAUUGGUGCACUCACAUCCAUGGCUCCUUCCAGAAAGCGUGACAUCACCUCAGUGGCAAUGAGAGCUUUGAUUUCAGGGACCAUCGCUUGUUUCAUGACAGCCUGUGUCGCAGGCAUUCUCUCUGGCACUCCUGUAGACAUCAACUGUUACCACAUUUUAGAGAAUGUCUUCAACUCCAGUUUACCCAGAAACACUACUGAUGUGGUAUCUUGUUGCCAGAGUGUAAUAAGCAGCACUGUUGUCAACAGUCCCAGCAAGGUCAUCCCAGGAGGAAACCACAGCCUGUAUUCUCUGAAGAAUUGCUGUCAAUUGUUGAAUCCAUCAUCAUUGAACUGCAGUUGGAUCCCUAAUGCAUUCUGA